UAAAAGGGGAAGAUUAGAACGAAAGGUAAGUAGUUUAGAAGAGCUAGCGGUAAAGAAUUGAAAAGGAAUGACGAUUGCAACCCUAGUCCAUGUGGAGCUGCAUCCAUGGCGGCUAUCUUCUCUUCAUGGUCAAACGCCACCCAACCCCUUCUCCUCUUUCCGCAGUGUCCGAAUGAUCAACGCGCAGUCAAAAGCUGCAGCCCUUUCUUCAAACGUUGACCACCAAAAGGACCACACUCUUGUGACGGCGGACUCGAAUCGGGGAUGGAAAAACAGCCCUUUUGCGAUUCGUUUCGGUGAUCUUUUUGCCCAUAAAGCCCCGGCGAAGCCAUGUCAAGGCGUUGCCGCCGCCGUGGCCGUGUUGGGUGUGUUGCUUUUGCAGAUGGUCACGGCGGCGCCGAGAGGUUACCCUCCUGCGGCGGCCUGGGCUUUAUCGGGCGGUAUGGUUGGCGGCUCAUCAUUUGGUUCUUCGUCUUCUUCUUCCUCUUCAUCUCGAUCUUCCUCUUCUUCGUCAGGGUCUUCUUCCUCGUCUCCAUCCUUUUCAUCAUCAAAAUCUGCUGGUUCUUCCCCACGGUCUUCAUCCUCUUCUGCUUCCUCUGGGUCUUCUUCCCCUUCUCGAUCCUCAUCAUGUAAAUCUUCUUCUUCAUCCGAAUCACCGCCUCCUUUCUCGUCAUCGUGCUCGUGCUCGUGCAGAUGCAAUAACUCAUGGAACGCCGUGAAGGAUUACAUCUACGUCGGAGCCUUUUCCAUUAUCAUUGCUACUUUAUUGUUUAUUUUCUUAUCAGACCCAAAGCUUAUGAAAGCUCUAGAUGAGGUUAUAGAAGAACUUGCGAAUGGGAAGCCGACGGAAUCUAAUCAAAGAAAGAGCGCUGUGGCGGAAUCUAAUCAAAGGAAGAGCAGUAUUGUGGCGGAAUCUAAUCAAAGCAAGAGCAGUAUUAUCAAGCUUCAGGUAGGAUUAUUUGGGUCCAUGCAGUCGCUUAGACGAGAUCUCAAUAAAAUUGCUGAAACUGCAGAUACAUCUUGUAUAGACGGUUUGGUUGAUACUUUAAGAAGGAUAACUUGGUAUUUAAUUCGAGACUUCGGUAGCACAUUUUCAAGCCACUCAACUGUUUAUGUGGAGAGCAAUCCGGAUGCAGCAAACGAUAAGUUAAUGCAUCUCGCGAAAGAAGAACAACAGAAAUUUGAUGAAGUCUCACUUUACAACAUAAACAACAAAAAGAUUAAGCUUCCUGAAAACGAAACAGCAAUUACUUUAUCUGAUGAGUACAUGGUGAUUACAAUAAUCGCAGUGGUUGCCAAUGGAUUAGAGAAGUUUCCAACCUCAAAUAAUAACAGGGAUUUACAGAAAGCUUUGGAAAAGCUUCAUUUCAUACCAUCAAACCAAAUACAGGGUGUUAUUGUGAUGUGGGCCCCACAGAAGAAAAAUGAUGUCCUAUCUGAGGAGGAGCUUCAUGCGAAAUAUCCUCACUUGCGGGAAAAGUGGUCCUCAAUUCAGUCAAAUGACUCAAAUGGCUCUGCCAAAGCUUAGUUUUAAUACUCCGUAAUAUUUUUAUACGCAGUAAUUUAUUUUUACAAUAAGUAUGAUAUUUUGGUAUAUCUCUUUUUCAAGAGUGC